AUGGGUACACCGAGUACGAUUCAGCGGCAGCUGAACGAAGCUUACGAGCUCGUCCGCAUCAAUCUGGCGCGGACCUUUCAGCACCAGAAGCACCACUACAACCUACGGCAUCGAUCCUGGCGUCCCCAGGUGGGGGAUCAGAUAUGGGAACGCGACCACCCGUUGUCCGAUAAGAAACGGGCCUUCAACGCAAAGCUUGCACCCAAAUAUACGGGCCCCAUGGAGGUGCGACGGAUCAUCUCCACGGUCAUAGCCGACCUCCGGGAUAAACAGGGGCACUGGUAUCGGGGAAUUCAUGUACGGGACAUGAAACCCGCCAGCCGCGACGAACGAAGCAGCGACAAACCCCAGGGCCCGGAGACCCCGCGAGCCGGCCCUGUACGUGCCGUGCACCGACCAGUAAGUUUGCCGCACGCCGCUAAGCGGCGCUCGCCGGGCACGUACUCGCAGGCAAAUAUCCAGAACAGAGGGCAAACGCCACAUGGCAGCGCUUGCUGGCCGGAACCGGAGCACGGGAAGCCCCCCCCGGCCGAAGCUCUGACGCCGCCCGUAGGCGCGCUCGCCCGGCCACGGGUGGGGACGUCGAUCCAGAGCUCCCGCGACGCCGGCGAGCGGAAGCUACUGGCAUUGGUCGGGUACGCACCCCCGCCACCCACCGGGCGCCCCAGGGGCCAGCCCCACGUCCGGCCCGUGGGAUGGGCAACCGGCAACCGACCGCCGACCACGCCGUCAACCUCGGCUCGCUCAGGCCCGAGAAUCCUUCGGGAGGAGACACCGAACCGUAGGGUGGUCCUACAGACGCCACCAGUCCUCCGGGCACCACACGCCACCUGGCGCACCCCCGCAGAGGUCGGGACCGCUGGCCCCCCCACUUACAACACCACCGGCGCCACCACCACCAGCGCCACCAGCAACGAAAGGACGGGUAGGCGCCCCCCGACGACGACGUGCCGGGCUUCAUCGCCGAGCAGGCCACCGUCCAAUAGCAGAAGGGAGGAACCUCCGGCCGCGUCUGGGAUAGCGGAGGUCAACCCGAAAGACGACGCGGCCCAGAGCCCAAAUCGCGGCCUGCCGCCACCGCGACCGCUCACCACCCCGGGUUGCACCGGCAACACCGAUCGCGCGCGCCUCGGGGACAGUGUAGAUCCCCACUCCCUGUACGCAAUAAACUCAAGGCAAUAA